AUGCCAGUCGGAGCAUGGGAUAGUCAUAUGCAUGUGACCUCCCCCGACUACCCGCUCGCGAAGACGGCUGCAUACAAACCAUCACUGCACAGUCUAGACCACGCCAUGACCUUCGAGAAGACAAUUGGUUUAAGCAACAUCGUCCUCGUUCAGCCAUCUAUCUACGGUAAUGACAACUCUUGCCUAUUGGACGCUCUAAAGGAGAUUGGACCAUCCAAGGGUCGGGGCGUGGUGGCGUUUGACCCUAACGACAUUGCACCCGAUACAUUACAAUCAUGGCACAAACUUGGUGUCAGAGGCGUCAGGCUGAAUUUCAAGUCUACAAAUGAAUCUUUCGAUGUCGAAGUCGUCAAGAAGUCCUUGCGCAAGUACGCAGAUAUCGUGAGACCACUCGACUGGGUCGUCGAACUCUUCAUUGAUCUCGAACAACUUCGCUUGAUAACCGACAUCAUACCUGAGCUCGGUGUCAAAUUUUGUGUCGCUCAUUUCGGAGCUCCCGACAUGAGACGCUGGAAGUCGUAUCCUACAGACGCUUCAGACGUGCCCGGCAUGCAGCAUUUGACGACGCUUCUGUCACAGGCCGACAACCUUUGGGUGAAAAUAUCCGGUCAUUACCGUUAUGAUCUGUCUGUUGACAACAUGGCCGGGACCGAGUCCAUCACCAAGCUGUUGUUGAGCACUGCACGUGACAAGCUGGUCUUUGCAUCCGACUGGCCACAUACUCGGUUUGAGGGUCUGGACGUGAAGCCGUUCGUUUCCAAAUGCCUUGAUUGGGCCGACGAGCAUGAUGCGAAGGAUAUGGUAUUUCGUGACAACGCGAAGUUUCUGUGGAGUUGCACCUGA